GUAAGUUGUAACUGUAUCUUUGAUUAUUUCUUAUUAAUACUUUAAUGUAUAUACUAGAAUUUAAUGUGUUUCUCAUUUUAUUUAUAAAAACCAAGCAAAUUUACAAAAAAGUUGAACAUGACUUAUACAAAUAUUCAUAGAUUUUUAUUAAGAACUAUUGCUAGUGCUGGUGUUAUAACAAAAGAAGAUGCUGAGAAGAUUGUUAGGAAUCAUGCUGAUGAUCAAGAGAUAUCUAUUCCUGCUUUAGUGGAAAAGAUAAAUGAAGAAUUGAGACCUAUAAAGCAACAAAUUAAAAUAACAAAUGAUGAAUUGUCUGCUGAAGAAGUGCUUGUUUUCAUGUCUCUUGGGUUUGAUGAUGCUACGAAAUCACAAAAUUUGUUUCCUGCUGCUGACCUAGAGUACUUUAGGAUUUUAAUAGAGCAGAUUGUGACUACUGAAAACCGUCAAAUAUCUGGAAUACAUGCUUUGAAUUUGGUUGGUAAUAUGAAAUCUACAUAUACUAAAACUUCUGCACAGAAAAUGCUGGAUACAUGGUGCAGAAUGAAAUAUUUAGACAAAGAAGACACAAAUUAUGUGUUAGGAGUAAGAACAAUUCAUGAGUUUGAGGGAUAUCUACGAGAAAACAUGGCUGACUCUAUUGAAGAAUGUUGUUUGUGCAAACAAAUUGUGUUACGGGGAUACAAUUGCAUUGGCUGUGGUAAUGCGGUCCAUACACGUUGUAUAAACAAAUAUACGGAGAGAGUGAAGAAAUGGCCUUGCUGCAAGAUUGAAUUCAGCGCUGAUCAUCUGGACAGAGUAUAUUCACAAAGUUCCAGGUUAUCGCAGAGUCAGUCAAACACGGUACAAGAUGAAAUAAAUACAGAUAGUCCACACGAAAAUUCAGAGGAAAUGACACAAGAGAUCUCCACCCAAGAGAUUAUACCGGAAAUGUCUCAACGCGGCACACGGAAACGUAAGAGAACAGAUCAAUAGCUACACAUAUAAUGUAAUUUUCAUAAGAUUUUUUUAUUUUUAAAUAAAAAAUAAAAAUUA